AUGGCCCCGACGCUGACGGACCUACCAAGCGGCCUCCUCACCGAAAUCCUUCUCCGGCUGCCCGCGCCGGAGGACCUCGCGCGCGCCUCGGCGGCCUGCCCCGCCUUCCGCCGCGUCGCCACUGACGGCGCCUUCCUACGCCGCUUCCGCUGCCUCCACGCGCCGCGGCUCCUCGCCUUCAUCGACCUCGACGGCUUCCAGCCCGCGCUCCCGCCCCACCCCUCCGCGCCCGCCGCCCGCGCGCUCUCCCGCGCCGCCGACUUCUCCUUCUCCUUCCUCCCCUCCCACUGCCGCUGGGUCCCGAUGGACGUCCGCGACGGCCGCGUCCUCCUCGGCCGCGACCACGGGCAGGACGCGCGUCCCCCGAUCUGCAGGGAGCUCGCGGUGUGCGACCCCCUGCACCGGCGCUACGUCCUGCUCCCCCCGGUGCCCGACGCCCUCGUCGCCUCGACAGAGCGCCCGCCCCCCGUGCGACGCAGGCCCUUCGACGAGCCUCUCCUCCUUCCCGUCGGCGAGAACGAUGAAGCGACGGCAUUCACGGUGAUCUCUAUGGUGCAUUGCGAGACUAAGCUGGCCCCCUUUGUGUUCUCUUCGAGCACCGGGCAGUGGCGAGCCGCGGCACCCAUGCUUUGGUCGGCCAUGCCAGUGCCGCCCAUGGACCAUACUUAUCUCAGGCGGCAUCACGCAUAUGGCUGCUUCUACUGGGAGUCCACCCUGAUCAAGAGGAGAGAGUUGCUUGUGCUCAACAUCCAGAGGAUGGAGUUCUCGAUCGCCGAGCUCCCGUCCUCUGGUUGGGGCACGCUAGGCGUGGCCAUUGUGGAGGCAGGGGAGGGCAGGCUUGGGCUGUUUGGUAUCCGUGAUGGAACUGCAGGUGGCAAACCUGACCUCUGCUACACUGUCAGGCGUAACAAAGGCAAGAAUUCAGGCCGGUGGCAGAUGGUGAAGACAUUCUCACUGGGUUCUGAGGGCCUGAAUUAUAUCAAAGCCGCAACAGAGAGGUAUGUGCUCCUGAUAUGUUCUGAAGCCCCGCGGUUCGUAGGCUUGUCUAUGGAGAUGCCAGACUUGGAGUAUAUCUCAGUGGACGUCAAGAAGUUGCAGCUUGAGAGGGUCUGUGUCAAGCCUUUCGGGAAUUCAUUGUCCAGGACACGCAUAUAUGCCCACUUCCCGCCGUCGCUGUCCUCGCCGACAAUAUGAAGUGAUUCGGGGGAGCCGUAAUCAGAUCAACAUUCUCAAUUCAAGACAACUGGGAUUUCAGUGGUGUGUCCUACAGGAUGAAACUAUCUACAUUGCUUUGUCUGGCGUUCGUCAUGUCUAUGUUUUGGUUAAUUACUAUAGCGUCGAUGUGGAUGUUCUUUGUCUGAGUGUGGCAGUGCCAUGUCUAGUUGUGUUCUUCCUUUGAUAUCUAAGAAUGUUACAUUUUAAUUAAUGGUCCCAAUCAAUCAAGAACUGUG